UAACGACAAAACGACGGCCGGCCGGCCACCCUUUCUAGUUUCUAUCAUGCAAUCGUCGCUAUUAUAGUAUCAACCACCCAGUAGCGUGCCAUAGCUGUGGCUGGUCUCUUGUUUCUCUCACUCGUGUAUAACAACAACAACAACAACAUCACGGCAACAACUUCUUUGUGAAGAAACAUGGAGAAGGACUCUACCUCUGCUGUGGGAGCUGAUGCGCUAGCGAUUCCUCUGCUCACCCCGUACCAAAUGGGCAAGUUCCAUCUUUCUCAUCGGUAUGUAGUUUAUUGUCCAUUCUGUCGAACACCUUCAUCCGAAUCAUCCGAUAUGGAUGCAACUCUUGUUUUAUCGUUGAGAACAAUCUGGGUACUGCUCCUUUUCGGCUGCUGGGUCUGUGUCAGGAUUGUUCUGGCGCCAUUGACUAGGCAGAGAUCAUAUGGAUAUGUACCACAGCCACAUGCCAUCUUGUAUUACUCACAGAGGACAACCAAAGGAGGUCUUCUCAUAGCCGAAGCCACUGCUGUUUCGGACACUGCUCAAGGGUAUAAAGAUGCUCCGGGAAUUUGGACCGAGGAGCAAGUUGAGGCGUGGAAACCUAUUGUGGAUGCUGUUCAUGCCAAGGGUGGCAUCUUUUUCUGUCAACUUUGGCACGUUGGAAGGGUUUCGAAUGCAGGUUUCCAGCCCCAUGGCCAGGCUCCAAUCUCUUGUACAGACAAACCAUUGAUCCGUCGAUCUAAUGGUGGUGAUGUCAAUAGAUUCACACCUCCACGACGAUUAAAAACGGAAGAAAUUCCACAAAUUGUCAAUGAUUUCAGAAUUGCUGCUAAGAAUGCUAUUGAAGCAGGGUUUGAUGGGGUUGAGAUACAUGGGGCUCAUGGCUUCUUGAUUGAGCAGUUCAUGAAAGAUCAAGUGAAUGAUAGAACAGACCAAUACGGCGGUUCUCAAGAGAACCGCUGUCGAUUUGGUUUAGAAAUAGUUGAAGCUAUAAGCAAUGAGAUAGGAGCAGACAGAGUGGGGAUCAGGUUAUCUCCAUUUGCACCCUAUAACCAAUGCUCAGAUUCAAAACCAGAAGCUUUAGGCCUAUACAUGGCUGAAUCCCUUAACAGAUAUGGCAUUGCCUACUGCCACGUUGUCGAGCCGGGACAAAAGACUGGUGGAGAACAACUUCUAAGCGUUCUUCCCAUGAGAAAAGCUUUCAAUGGUAGUUUCAUGACCUCUGGAGGAUUUGAUAGGGAAGGCGGGAACAGAGCGCUAGCAGAGAAUCGUGCAGAUCUUGUAGCUUAUGGCCGUUGGUUCUUGGCUAAUCCGGAUCUACCAAGGAGAUUUGAGCUGAAUGUUCCUCUCAACCAGUAUGAUACAAGUACGUUUUACACACCUGAUCCUGUCAUCGGGUAUACAGAUUAUCCAUUUUUUGUUUGAAAUGAAUCAAGAAGUCAUAAUUCAUGGCUGAUGAGAUUUGAUCUCGCUGCUCUGCUCAAGCAGUAUGAUGCACACACUCGUAAUUGAUGUCUGAUGUUAGCAAGUGUUCUAAUUCUGUUGAGGCAUCAGGGUUUAAACACAACUUUUCUUGCUCUGCUGUUCCAUUGAAUUCAGUCACAGGUCUUCUCUCUUUUCCUCUCUACCUACUCGAGUCAUAUGAGAAUCCAACAUGGUACUAGACACUGGUUAUAGCAACCCUUGCCGAGCUGGAAAUCGAGACGAAUUCCAAUACGCCAAUUAUGAUAGUAAGUCUUGAGAACCAUCCUAGUGUCCAUACUACAUACAGUACACAGAGCCACUAUUUUGGUUAAAAAACUUGCACUCUUCAUGCUAAGCUAGUGCUAGAUAUCCAUGGACACCGAGGCAGAAUUCUUCCCUCACCGAAGCAGAACUCUUUGGUGGAAAACCGUAAAAUCUUAAAAACAUUACUUAUAGAUACAUGGAAUCGAGAGUUCAACAGUGAACACAGCUCACCGAAAUCACAAAGAUGAUUUAAGAAUCAGGUUCUGUUCUUCUUGAAAACGACUACAUUUCCACUACUGCAUUAGGCCGUCGGGGGAACAACAGUUCACUCAGCGAACACUAAACUGCAAAACUACAACAUGCUUUCUUCUUUAAAAGCAGCAGCAGCAACAGAGAAUAGAGCUUUAUUACACCACCAAUGAUCCAUGUGAAAACCCUUAAGCCGAAGACCCAUCUUCGCUCGAAGUUUCAGAAGGAGGCAGCUUCCCAGAGGCACCAUUGACAAGCAUUUUCUGAAUCCUAAAGCUCUCCACCUGACCACCUUCUAAAUCCCCAAACAACUGCUUCCUAUAAACCUGAUGCAAUUUCCCAAACAACUCCUUCCUAAUCGCUUCAAAAGCCAUGUCCAGCCUCUCCAACUGCUCCAUAGCAUUCGGAUUGCACAGAAACAAGCCAUAGAACAACUCGAAGCUGUCCCCUGAAGUAUUGCCCACCAAAUUCAGCAGCGUCUCGUACCCUUUGGUGUUGAUCGGAGAAGACUCCAGCCCAAACUUCUCCAACACCCUCCCCAUGGCAUGGGUCACGAACUGCGAGCCCGCGGCAUGUCGAUCGUGCUCAGCACAGCUCAUCUCCACCAUCCUGCACCCUUCUCUGCUAAAAAUGUCCAAGAACUUCUCACAUUUACUGAUCCUGUCCUCGCUGUUCCCAAUUCGCACCUUAUCAUACACAAACGGCAACCCGGCCCAAGAAUGCUUCCCACUCUCGGGUCCAAACAUUGGGUGCGUGCACAGGACAUCGAAUUCCACGGGCAAAUACUUCAGCAUUAUGGUCUUGGCGAAUUCUUUCACGGAGAGCACAUCGACGAAAAGGGUAUUGCGUUUCAAUCUCUGAAAGGGGAAAGACUGGAGUACCUUCUCGGAGGAGAGGAUGGAUGUGCAGAGCAGUACGACUUCCGGGUGGCUCUCGCAGAGGUCGUGCGGGUUGGAGUAGAAGCGGACGCCGAGGGCGGAGGCGGCGGCGGAGUAGUCGGUGCGAGAGUGGGCGAUGACGGUGUGGCCCUGGCGGGAGAAUGCUUUGGCGAGGAACUGGCCGUAAUUGCCGAAUCCGAGGAUGGCGAUUUUUAGGGAUUUGGAUUUGAGGUGCUGGUAGCGGAGCUGGGACUCGUAGUCGAAAGGCUGCGCGGCGUCGAUGCAGCUGAUGUGGAGAGAGACGGUGGCGGCGGCGGUGGAGGUAGAGAGGGAGAGAGGCGAUGGAGGAGGGAGAGGGAGAGAUAUGGAGUGGGAGGAAGGAGGGAGGAAGAGAGGGGAUGAAAUGGGAGUAGGAGAGUUUUUGGGGGAGGUGGAGGCGAAGGAAAACGCCGCCGCCAUUGUUGUGCCAGAAAGAGAGAGAGAGAGAGAGAGAGAGAGACUCGGAAGCAAUGCCAGUCACUUCUCAGUUCUCACUUUGUUAAUUCGCAGGGGAAAUGCCGAAAUGGAAAAAGC